GAGGAAUGUAAAAUUGGAAUAUGGCUUUUGGAUUGACAUCAGAGAAUAAAAGACAAAAAUAGCAUUUUUUUCAAUGUUAAAUGACAUUUGUACUAAAAAUAAUAAACACAUUUUUUGUGAUUAAAAAAAAAGAACAUUUGACGAUAUCAAAGUCUCCACAGAUGCUGUAAAGCUAUUUUUGUUGCUUUGUUUUUCAUGGAUGAUUCAUUGCAAAUUCACUAUUGCAUGUGUCAAAACAAAGUUCAACUCGAGCCGAGGGCAACUAUUCACUUUUUUAACGCAAUAUCAAAUCAUUUCUGCUAAUUUUCCUUUGCGAAAUACCGAUUUUCAACCGUUUUUCUUUCAUAAAUGUGAUUCGUUGAAAAGACAUUUAAAAAUGUUGCUGAAAGUUGUAGUUUUUGUGCUGUUGUCGAUGGCAUGUCUAGCCGACAUAGAAAUGAUUAAGAAAAAACAUAAACCCAAACAUAAAGAUUGCGAUCAUCUUAAAACUAAGUUGACUUUGGCGAACAAUGAUUUUUUGCGAUGUGUCAUGGAUUACAAUCAAAAUGCAACGUUUUGUUUGGAAUGUAAAGAAUUUUAUACAAGAACGUUUCAUAACUAUGAACUAAUGCUGAACAGCUACGACACAAUAGAAUCUAACAAGACCUGUCGCGAACUAUUUGUUGACAACAACCAAUUGAAUUUGGUGGAAUUGCUCUUCUCAAAUGCGAAAAAAUUUUGGGACCAUGGGUUCUGCUCAGAUUGCUUUGUUCCAGAUUGUGAUUUUUCCAAUGAAACGGAGAAUUGUAAUUUUUCCGAUCAUACAAUCAAUUUUACACGGACUAACUACCUCACCGAACUUUGCAUAGAUCAAACCUUGCUAAACAGCACCGACAAAAUGAAGCCUUGUGAAAACUGUUCAACGAAUUAUGAGAAUUUGAAUAAAAUUUACAAUGACAUUCGAGUUCAAACCACUGACAAAUUUUGCUUCGCCAUAAAAGAUAUGAUGAAUAAAACACGAAUUCGUUGGUCCAAAGAGUUGCAAUGCUGCGGAGACCGAAAAUAUUCAAAAGAAGAAUUCUUAACAUUGUCCAGUUCAUCGGUGUUCUUUUCGAUUAUAUUCUACGUUGCCAUAUAUUUGUUUGGAUUGAGAAAAGAGCGCAUUCAGUAUGUUCCAGAUGAUUUAAUGCCACCGCCAUCAGACGAUCAAAAUCAUUCCAAUGGAACCAUCAUGAACAUAAACUCGGAAGAACCAUCAACAUCAGAGUCACCAGCACCAAUCGAACAGAAAUUAGCGAAAAAAAUCAAUGUGUCUGAAGACUCAUCGUCCGAAGAUGAAGAAAUACUCCCGAUACAAAAUCCGAAUUUGAUUCAAAUCUAAGUCUAAUAGACCUUUAAGUGUUAGAAUUUAUUUUCGCUAAUUUUCCAAAAGUGAUUUCGGUUAAUCUCAGAAAAGUUUCGCUCAAGUGAGAAAUUUUCACAAUUUUUCAAAAAGAAAGUUCCAAAAAAUAUGCCAUUCCGAGGCCUUAUCAUCAUAAAUUUAAGAGAAUGUAAAAACUAAAAGCAGACUAUGUUGGAUAAGCAUUUUGAUAUAAAUAAGAUUCACAAGAAAUCAAA